CGCAGCUGCUGCUCCUGGCUCUGUGCCGUGGGUUUGUCCGCUCCAUCCCCGUGUUUGGAAGGGCAGCGGAGGGUCCGGGAGCGGGAGGCCGCACGGGAUUUCACAGAUAGGUUGUGCAUCGAGCCCACGGCUUCUGUGAGGUCUCCUCUUGCCCCUAUGGACGGGCUCCAUCCAUGGCAGGGCUCCAGGCACGUCUGAGCCACAGGCUUCAGCUCUGAAAGGAUGGGGACCCGCUGCCCAGCGCCAUGAGGAGCAACCGCUGCAGCCACCUGCCUGGAGUGCCUCCAGACCAUCCCCAGCCUGCAGCCCCCGAUGGGAAGAGCCUGCCUGGCAGCAGCGGGGGCCCGGCCACCAGCUGCCCCCAGUAUGUCAUGCAGGUGUCCUCCAAGGAUGGGCAGCUGCUCUCCUCCGUGGUGCGGAGCCUGGCCGUGCAGAGCAGCCCCUUCAAUGAGCGGCCCAUGUGCAGGAUCUGCCACGAGGGCAGCAGCCACGAGGAGCUGCUGUCCCCCUGUGAGUGCACGGGGACCCUGGGCACCAUUCACCGCAGCUGCCUGGAGCGCUGGCUGUCCUCCUCCAACACCAGCUACUGUGAGCUCUGCCACUUCAGCUUUGCAGUGGAGCGCAAGCCCAGGCCGCUGCUGGAGUGGCUGAGGAACCCGGGCCCCCAGCACGAGAAGAGGACUCUCUUUGGGGACAUGGUGUGCUUCUUGUUCAUCACCCCGCUGGCCACCGUCUCCGGCUGGCUGUGCCUGCGAGGAGCCGUGGACCACCUGCACUUUAGCAGUAGGCUGGAAGCUGUUGGCCUCAUUGCACUCACUGUGGCACUCUUCACUAUUUACCUCUUUUGGACCCUGGUGUCCUUCAGGUACCACUGCCGGCUGUACCACGAGUGGCGUCGGAACAAUCAGCGGGUGAUGCUCCUCAUCCCAAAAUCUGCCCACGGCCCCUCCACCCAGCAGUCCCUGCUGGGCCUGCAGCCCCUCAAAAGGAGCUCCAAGGAGACAAUCGUGUGAUUUGGGCUGCAGCUGCACACUAAAGGAGGUUUGUUUUUCCUCAGACCCGUAGGGGUCGGGCACCCAGCACCCAGGAACGUGCAAUUUGGAUUUACAGACUGAGUGCAGAGGGAUAAACCACAGUCAGAAUUCAAGUCGUGGAUGAUGCAGGCAUCUGUGGCAUUUGCUGAGCUGCCAAACGUGUUUAGUGAGCAGGGACCCUAUGGAUUCUGCAAAUAUGUUAAUUGUUGCAUCAUCGAGUGAUGCAAACAUUUUUAUUGUUUAAAGUAUUAAACUAUGGUAAUUAACAAUGCAAAACAGGUUUAAAAAGUGCUUUGUUUUCAUGAUUUCUUGCUCCUACAGUACUGUUUCUUUAGGCAGCUGGACAGUAACCAAUAUUUAUUUCCGCUUCCUAAAGUGCAGCAAUGGCAUUUCCUCAUUUGAUUUUAUCUGCAGGUCCAUUAUACCAAUGUUUUGAUUAUUAAAAUCUGUGUGCAAUGAGCUCUACAAAUUGGCACAUUAUUUAAAUGCUACAAAGUGAUUGGAAAAUUGUAUUACCCGUUUCCUAUUUGGCAGGGAAGGUCUGACAGGAAGAUUCUUCAGUUAUGACUCUAGCAUGCGCAAGAGAAAAAUUACACAAAUUGCAAUAAUCUUCCUGUCAAAAGUAUAGUACAUAGCACUCAGGAAAAAAAAAAAAAGAUAUUCUACUUUUCCACAAAGAAGCACCACAUUCUUCAGUGAAGUGCACAUUCUGCUGGUGUGAAUUCAAACUUAGCCAACAUAUCCUGCAUUUAUACCAGGCUGAAUUUAACUCUACAGCUUACUUUUGUGUAGGGAAAGCUCUGCAUGCAUAAUGAAUGAGAUCAUCGGAUAAGUUUUAGGAAGCAGGGACACAUCUUGCAUGAAGAACAGCAUUAUUUUAAAGCAGCAGAAACUCCAGCUUGACAGGUAGGAUAUGGCAGAGUGUGUGCCAACCCUGACCUCUCAUGGUAGCACUGAGACAAAAAAAAAAAAUUAAAAAUAUUUAAUAACACAGUCUUCUGUGGAGACCAAAUGGAAUUUGGAGUGUAAAAUCAGACCUUAUUCCUGGGUGACUUUAUCUGCUUCCCCUUGGUUUUAUGCCUAAUUCAUUCAGCAAUCCUUCACUCCCAGAAGAGACACACUUAUUUUAAAUAACUAGCAAAACCUCAUUGCCAAAUGCUGCUAGAAUUAGAAAUUGAUACAGAGCCCUUGUGAACAGAUGAAUUUCUUAGGAUUGUGCAUGGAUGGCAGUACCACCAUGUGCUUUGUUUUCCAAAAAACUGCAUGAAUUGAAAAUCAAAAGGAAGACAUAGCAGGAAGGCUAAUAAUUUGUUAUUCAUAAAGUUCAAGGUAUUAUGGGUAUUUACCAUCAGACAAGAAAUUAUCUGAUGUUUUGUGUGUGCUCUGUGGGGGUGAAAAAGCUUCGUACACAAAGCCAAAUCUGUUAAAUUUCUUUAUUCUGUCUGUGGACCAGUCUAGCUGUGAGCAUGUUAUUUAACAAUGUUCUUUGUGACUGUCAGUCAUGGGGAUAGGAGAAUCAUGGGGAUAUAAAGCAAUAACAGCCUCAUUCCAAUAGAAAGGCACUUACACAACGAGCCAAGGUGUGUAGGAAAGCCAUGAACCUGCAGAUCUGUACUCAUCAGUCUGACAAGGCUGGGGUUGCUCAUGUUUGGCUGUGAAUAAAUGCUUCUCUUCCUGAGAAAACUAAACAAGGCUCUGAAGAUAAGAUCACAGUCUCUGUGAUAGCCUAAAACCUGUAAUGCUUUAUUUUUUUUUUUUUUAUACCUCUUCCUAAUGGUAAAUAAUUAUUUGGAAUGAAGACUGAACACUCACUUAUGCAGAAUUCCAGAUUUUAAACAAAUAUCUGCUGGCCAGGGGUAAAGAAAUAAAGCAAAUCUAGCUGGGUCAGGAUGCUGUCAGUGUUUUAAUGCCUACAACACAGACUUUAGGUAAGCUUUGUUCAGAACGCUAUUACCGCUCUCAAAUUCUUUGAAAGAAUUGUUAUUCUUAAUGACUGCUAUUGUUGGCUUUGCCUCAUGAAACCACAAAUCAGGGUGGAUAGGGAAUUAAGUGGCAAAACAUUCAAGAAACAUUUGUUCAAGUGAAGCUGCAAGGUCUGUGCACAGAGAUCAGCACAGUGGCUUGGCCCAGAUCAUCUGUGUUAUUUCAAUUUUUUUAAUUAGUUUUUUGGUUUUGGUUUUUUGUUUGGGUUGGUUUUUUUUUUUUUCGGUGUAAAGACAUCUUUACUUACCUGAAGAAGGCAUAUUGAAGCAGAUAGAGAGGAAAAUGCAUGGUCCAGUUCAGCACACACAUCACUAACCCAGUUUCUGUGCUUGAUGCAGCAGCACAGCAGAACUGUCUGGUGAAGUCACAGUA